AUGCGCUACCAACAACGCCUAGCCCUUAUGGCACCCAGGAAUACGAGGUCUUACUUGGCUACUGUACUUAAAAUCGGCCCACUUGGCUUUGCCUUACUAUGUGUUUAUGCUGUCACUCAAUCACAUCUACAUCAGAAAGCAGAGAAACGACACAUUGAAAAAGUUGAAAAUUGGUAAGUGAAAAAAAAAGUUUUUGCAAUUUUUUUGUUUUUUAAAGAAAGUUCUUGCAAUUUUUUGUUUUGUCAAGAAAGUUAUUGCAUUUUUUUCUGCAAAAAUAAAGAUUUUGAUUUAAAUUGCAAUUGUACUAUCAAAAAACGCCAAUUUCUUACAAUUUGACGAAAUGUCACAAAAAUUAUUAAUUUUUUAAACGAAGUGUCACCAUCUUUAUAGAUUUUUUAGAAAUUUCGCAAAGCUUUUUAUUUUUGUUUUAAAAGAAAGUACUUGUCAUUUUUUGUUUUGUAAAGAAAGUUUUUGCUAUUUUUUAUUUUGUAAACAAAGUUUUUUCAGUCUACUAGUAGACGUGGACUGUCUGGAGAACCUAGCACAGCAAAAACCUUGUAAAGGACCAAUCAAAUGUGCUAUGAGUGGCCCUGCCACUUCUAAACAUAUAAAAACAGAAUAUAUAAUGGAAGAUGAUCCUUCCAAAACUUACAUUACCCUUCAUGGAGCACAGAUCUCAAAGAAUGGCACUAUGGCAAAGCGGGUUUUGCCACGGUAAGAUAUCAUUGUAUAACAUGUUUUAUGGUAGAGAUACCGAAAAGUAAAAUAAGAUAAUAUAUGAAAGGGUACGGUACGCUACGAUUGGGUACGAUAGUUUAAGACGUUGUCACAUAGAAUACGGUAGGGUGAAGACAAACUUCACAUUUUCAAUUUUCAGCUUCAAAACCAGCGUUCCAUUUAUCACCGUGCCAGUUGAUGACUCAACGUACCUCAUAGUAAAACGGCCAAAAUCUUUAAAAUGGCUAAAUUUUCAUUGGCCCAAGUCCCAGUUUAUGGAAUGUAUGAACUUCUCCAUCGUUCGUGACGUCACCAGAAUCAUACCGUUGACAAAAGUGGGAGUUUUCGACGAGAUUCGACGUCGAGGAGACAAACAAAAUGUUACAGUAUUCUUGAUAGGCGGCUCAUUACUGGGCUGGUACCGUGAAUGUGACAUAAUUGAACAUACCCAUGAUCUCGACUUUGCAAUACAGUACAAAGAGUAUCGCACCGAGUUCUUUAAGCAUCUGGAUUCUGUGUAUCGUCGCAGAUUCAGAGCUGGCCGGAUCGAGGAGGGUCUGGAGACAAGUUACCAUGUUUGGGGCAAUGUAAGAGCCGACUUCUUCAUCAUGUACCAGAAGAAUAAGACCACCGAGUACAUUGCGGGUAUGAUGCCGUGGAAGCGACAAGUGAUACGAUACUAUUCGCCUAGGAUAACAAAAAUGUGUAGUGGUGAUCUACAUGGUCAACUGGUGUAUGUACCGUGCAAUACUGAAGCCAUUUUGGAGGUACGAACAUUAUUUAUAAAAAAUGGCAAGAACUUUCUUUACAAAAUUAAAAAUAGCAAGAUCUUUCUUUACAAAACAAAAAGUGGCAAGAACUUUCUUUACAAAACAACAAAUUACAAGAAUUUUCUUUACAAAACAGAAAACGGCAAGAACUUUUUUUACAAAACAAAAAAUAAUGCAAAAUUUGAAAAUUUAAUUUUUCAUGUUAUUAUAAUAUUCUUCAGUCUACAUACGGCAAACAAUGGUACAAAGACGUCCCAACCAACUCCUACAACUACGCUGAGUCUUCGUCGAAUACUGAGAUGGGCGAAGUGUUUUCCGAAGCCCAAUGGCUAAGUGUUUGGAACGAAUUCAAUGACAAAGACGAACCGACUACGGAAAAACCGGAAGGGUCUAUUGAUGAGAAUGAAUAA